AUGGGUGUUAAGACUCAAGCUGCCUGGAAGGUCUUCUCUUCAAACGUAUUUGACUACGAAACGCAAAAGGUGGUGCAGAUAAAUUCUUUAAAAAUUGGUAUCACCUAUCGCCUGAUUCAACUUGGAAUUGUGCUCUAUGUUGCAGUUUGGGUGAUGUACUACGAAAAGGGCUACCAAGCUUUCGACGAGGCAGUAAGUGGUGUGACAGCUAAACUUAAAGGUGUCGCCUACACGAACCUCACGGACACGAAUAUCGGUGCAACGGUCUGGGAUGCCGCCGACUACGUGAUACCGCCCCAACAACGCUCUGCCUUUUUUGUGAUGACAAAUCUUGUCAUGACUCCGGGGCAGACACUGCGGACUUGUGAGGAGUCACAUGAUAUCGCUGGUAAUGACUGCACAUCAGACAAAGACUGUAACUCUGGCAAUAUUGUUAUGCUGGGUAGCGGUGUCCAAACCGGGCGGUGUGUCGCCUCAACCCGAAAGGCCAACUUAAGCGUCUGUGAAAUUUACGGCUGGUGCCCCACUGAAUAUGAUGUGCUUCCGAAAGACUUUAUUCUAGCAAAUGCGCCGAAUUUCACUGUAAUGCUUAAAAAUAGCAUCGAAUUUCCACGAUACCACAUCAAACGUCGAAAUAUUUUGGGCUGGAUGGACAAGAAAUUUCUUUCCAACUGUCGAUACAAUCCAAACAGUGAAAAGAUGAAGUAUUGUCCUAUUUUUCGACUUGGCGACAUUAUGGAGUACACCGAAGCGGAACACAAGCAUAUAUGGAACAAAGGAGGGAUGGUUUCGAUUCACAUUGAAUGGAACUGUGAUCUAGACUAUAACGAAGAACAGUGUCUUCCAAAAUACAUAUUUCGCCGAUUGGACGAUUUUGACAGCCCAGUUGGGAAGGGGUGGAAUUUUCGAUUCAGCCAUCACUACAUGGAAGGAAAUGUACACAAGCGGAACCUUGUUAAGGCAUACGGAAUACAGUUUUUUAUUACAGUAUAUGGUAAAGGAGGAAAGUUUCACAUGUUAACUUUUUCAAUGAAUCUCGGCUCAGGACUAGCGCUGCUUGGUAUAGCGACGGUGCUGUGUGACACGAUUGUUUUGAAUAUAACACGGAAACGAGAGGUUUACAGAAAUGCAAGAGUCGAUCUUGUGGCCCAGAAACAGAAGAAUUUGAAGAGAGAUCAACUUAAUCCUCUUAGAAUAAUCCCAAAGUGCAGAAAUUCUUUAGGACGUGAGAUUGGGUCCUCUUUGAUUGCCGACUCUAAUAAAUCUUUUCAAUGUUUAAUAAAGGACAAAGUUCAACACUGUGGUGAAAGCAAUGCAAUUACAUAUUCUACUGCAGUUUGA